UAAAGCAUCAGCAGCCAUGAUUCUCAUCAGCUUCAUGUUUCUGCUCGCCGCGGCUCUGAAUCCAGCUCUGAGUCAAGAAAUAGAAGAGAUCAAAUCAGAUGCUGUCGUUAUCCGUUGCACUGGAGGUGAAGGUGAAAUAAAGUGGUAUAAGGACAAAAGCGAAAAGGAAAUGACAGAGCAUAAAGGCAGUCCAACCAUGGAAGUUGAAGCUGUGCAGGGGAUAGUUAAAGGAUUCUACAGAUGUACAUAUGGCAAUACAGAGCAUGGGUUCUACCUCAGAGUACAGGUCUGUGAGAACUGCUAUGAGUUGAGCAGGCUGAGGGCGACGGGGAUCAUACUCGGAGACGUGGCGUUUACAGGAGUAGUUAUUCUCUUCAUCUUCCUCGCUACCAAGAAGUGUGGUGGUCCACAGAAGAGAGCAUCAAAUCCCAAACCAGCGAACCCUCCUCCUCCUCCUAACCCUGACUAUGCGCCUCUGGAUCCGAAGACACGGAACAAUGCUGUCUACUCAGGAAUCAGAUAGACACGGCUUUACUGUAAAUCAUACUCUGGUGAUUCAUAGUGUUUCUUAAACGUUUGUUUGGGUUCUGUCUUCUUCAUGUUGAUGUGACUCACAGAUCAGUGUUGUGUGUGGAAAGAUGUGCUCAGAAACAUCGGAAACUCAAGAUGGAAACAUCAGCAUGUCAAACACUGAACAAACACCGCUGUCAUCUGUGCUUUCUGUUAGGAAACACGCUUUCAUGUUCUUAAGCUUCUUACUUUCACAGAAUUUGUCAUGUUCUGAUGUUUUUAUCUGGUUCAGAAUUAUUUAAAGCAGCAGCUGAAUGAAGCGAGCGGAGGAAAUACAGACGGAAAUAAAGAUGAUUUUC